CGCGGGAAGCGCGCGGGGCCGCCGUGCGGCGUCCGGAGCCCCGCCCCGCUCCGCCGCGUCCCGCCGGGGAGUCCCGCAGCGUCCUGCCCGCGUGCUCUUCGCCACCUUCCGGCGUCCACGCAGUCGCUGGAGCUCCGCGCGCAACUAUGGCUCAGCACUUCUCCCUGGCCGCCUGCGACGUGGUCGGCUUCGACCUGGACCACACUCUGUGUUGCUACAACCUGCCCGAGAGCGCCCGGCUCAUUUAUAAUAGCUUUGCUCAGUUCCUGGUCAAGGAGAAAGGGUAUGACAAGGGAUUGCUCACGGUAACCCCAGAGGAUUGGGAUUUCUGUUGCAAGGGCUUGGCACUGGAUCUGGAAGAUGGGAACUUCAUUAAACUUGCAGAUAACGGCACCGUGCUCAGGGCCAGCCACGGCACAAAGAUGCUGUCUCCGGAGGCGCUGGCGGCAGAGUUUGGCAGGAAGGAGUGGAAGCACUUCAUGCCGGACACGGGAAUGGCCUUCCGGUCAGGAAAAUACUACUUUUAUGAUAACUACUUUGACCUGCCUGGAGCUCUUCUAUGUGCCAGAGUGGUAGACUCUUUAACAAAGCAGAACAAUGGUCAAAAACCAUUUGAUUUUUGGAAGGAUAUAGUUGCUGGUAUACAACAUAAUUAUAAGAUGUCAGCUUUUAAAGAAAACUGUGGAAUAUAUUUUCCAGAAAUAAAAAGAGAUCCAGGCAAAUAUUUACACACUUGUCCGGAAUCAGUAAAAAAAUGGCUUCGACAGCUAAAGAAUGCUGGCAAAAUCCUUAUGUUAAUUACCAGUUCUCACAGUGAUUACUGUAGACUCCUCUGCGAAUAUAUCCUUGGGAAUGAUUUUGAAGAUCUUUUUGACAUUGUGAUUACAAAUGCAUUGAAGCCUGGCUUCUUCUCUCAUUUACCAAGUCAGAGGCCUUUCCGGACACUUGAGAAUGAUGAGGAGCGGGAGGCGCUGCCAUCUCUGGAUAAACCUGGCUGGUACUCCCAAGGGAAUGCUGCCCACCUUUAUGAACUUCUGAAGAAAAUGACUGGCAAACCUGAACCCAAGGUUGUUUACUUUGGUGAUAGCAUGCAUUCAGAUAUUUUCCCAGCCUGUCAUUAUAGUAAUUGGGAGACAGUCCUUAUCCUCGAAGAGCUCCGAGGGGACAAAGAUGGGAAGCCUGAGGAAUCAGAACCUGAAGAGAAAAAAGGAAAAUAUGAGGGAUCAAAGGCAAAGCCUCUAAAUACAUCAUCUAAAAAAUGGGGCUCCUUUUUUAUUGAUUCAGCUUCCGGACUGGGAAAUAGAGAAGAUUCCUUGGUUUAUACAUGGUCUUGUAAGCGAAUCAGUGCUUACAGCACUAUUGCAAUUCCAAGUAUUGAAGCAAUAGCAGAAUUACCCCUGGACUACAAAUUUACAAGGUUCUCUUCAAAUAAUUCAAAAACAGCAGGCUAUUAUCCAAACCCUCCAUUGGUCUUAUCAAAUGCUGGAAAACUGACCGCCAAAUAAACUAUCUUUACCAAAAAAUGAGUGAAAAACCAUAUAUGCAGCAAAUGUACUGUAAAAAUGUUAAUUUUCAAAAACUACUGUAAAAUGCUUUAUAGAAACAAAAUUAUUAAUGAAACGUGACCAAGAAAUUGGUAUGUUUUCCAUAGGGCUCCUUUCUAUAGAGAUUGUCUUGAUACCCAAUGACACUCGUUAUGUUAAAAUCUCAGUAUCUUAGAGUUGAAAAGAAUCUUACUAAUAUUUUCUAUACUAGUAGUUCUGAAAUUAGAAUUACCUGGGGCUAUAUAUACACAUGGAAAAGGCAACCGCACGCUACUCCAGUACUCUUGCCUGGAAAGUCGCAUGGACAGAGGAGCCUGGUAGGCUGCAGUUCAUGGGGUUGUGAAGAGUCGGACACGACUGAGCGAGUUCCCUUUCACUUUUCACUUUCAUGCGUUGGAGAAGGAAAUGGCAACCCACUCGUAGCAGCACAUGCAAACUUGAUAGAAGUGUAAAUUUGCACACCCCAUCCCAGACCUACAGAAUGAGAAAAUCUGGGACUGUGACCCAGCAAUCUGCAUUUAAUUAUAGUAUGACUCACACUAAAGUUUAAGAACCACUGGCUAAACUUAUUACCUCCAGAUAUGGUUUAAUUGGUCUGGGGGUACAGAUGAACAUUGACAACUUUAAUAUGUCCCAGGAAAAUGCAGCCAAAAUUGAGAAUAACUGGUCUAUACCUGUUGUUUCCAUUUAUAGUCAAAAACACCAAGUCUAGUAAGAUUAAAUAAUUAUUCCAAACUAUCAGAUUUUAUACUAUUUUCCUAAUUUCCAAAACAAGGAGAUAGACAUGAUGUCUUCUGAGACCUUGCAGCCAUGAUGGGACCUGGAUGAUAGAAGAAGCCAACUAUUUCAGCCUCCAGUGUUAAUCAUUAGGGGUUUUUUUUUCCCUCCCUAAUGUUUUCUUCAUUUUCCUCCCUAAUGUCUACUUCACUUUUCAUUCAGUUUAAGUUGUUUAUUCUCAGUGGGGCAAAAAUUGGUUCUUGGUGUAAAAAAAAUCUUAACACAGUGGAUUAUGGUUCUCCAUAUCUCUAUUCUACACAAUAAAAUCUUAUUCCUUAGUAUUUCUCUCAUUAGGGAGAAGUGUAAUUUAAAGCUAAAUUUGUUAAAUGUAUUUUUUUCUUCUAGGGCACGGGGCAGUGAUAAUGAAAAAAGAGGUUGAAAAGAAUUAUUUUUAAAAGGUUUUAUAGAUGUAUUGCCGUCCAGGGUGUUCUGUGUGCUACAUGUAGUCAUCUUAGUAGCGGUUUGUUGCAAGAUGUUUGGACCCAGAUAAUGUUUACAGUAUAAAUUCCUGGCUCUUCUUUAUGCUGUAAUUUCACUCUGUCCAUCAUGGACAGAAUCAGAAAACACUGGUCACCAUCAUUUUACUUGGUUUGUAGCCAAGAGUUUAACAUGUUGAUAGAUGCAAUGAAAAGAUAAAUAUUUUGUUAAAUUUUUAAAUGCUCAAAUAAUCCCAAAUAUAUUGUGGGAUUGAGUAUCUCAGGGUAGGUAAACAGUUACUGAAUUUUUUUCCCUCAAAGGCAGUAGCUUUCUUCAAUAUCUGCUAAUAAAUGUUAAUGGCUUUGAAAUUGAUUUCCAAAAUCUCAUUGGAAUAUAAUAAAGAGCAUGCACAAUCAAGCUUAGGGCUCAAGUGAAAGAUGCUGUUUUCAUGUAUACUUUCAUGUAGACCUUUGAUUUCUUUUAAAAAUAAAGCUAUUUUUCCUUA